GAAUCUUGUUCAAAGCAACCAAAUGAAAUCGUCAAUUCUGCACAAUCACUAGAGCCACUAAAGCCAGAUGGGAGAGAGAGAGGGAGAAUAGAAACAAACAUGGCUGCGUGUUAUUUUUGAAAUUUUUAAAUAAAAUGGAUCAGGAACAGGAAAAUAAAGAUGCUCCAAAAAAAGUUAGAAAAAGUGUACCAUUGACUCCUUGGACAGGAGGACCUCAUAAUUUAGGCGAUCCUGAUGACAAGUCACUGAGGAAAGUUGAAAAAGAUAUUUUAAUUCCUAAAAAAGUUAGAGAGAGAGCUAAAAAUGAAAAAUGUGUUGAUGAAGUUAAAGCUUUGUCAGAAUGCGGAAAAGCUAAUGGAUUUAUGAUUGUCUUUAAAUGCCGAGAAGAAAAUCAAAAAAUGUGGGAUUGCUACGAAAAAUGGUAUCAUGACCAAGAGCUUAUAGAUCACUGUACGCAAGAAUAUUUAAAUGAAAGAACAAUUUAUCGCAGAACUGGAAUCGGUGCUAAGUAUCAAAAAGAGCAGGGUCUUUCAUAAUCACAAAUAAUUAAUUAACAUAUUCUUAUUCUGAAGAUUAAUGUAUAUUAAGAUGUUAAAUAAUAAUUAACUAGAUACCAUGUACAAAAA